GCUUCCGCGUACGCAUAUACGUACGAUCUUGGCUGGCGCUUCAAAGCUGUCAUUUCAGUUAAAUAUGAUAGAGAAAUUAUAAGUGUGUUUUUCGGGGGUACGUUUGGGUCCGAAAAUAUGGGGGCACUCGUUGUUUUUCUUUCUCAUUUGUAUAUUUUCGGCGUGGUAACAGCGAAUGUUUGCGUCAAUCGACCGCCAGCUCGCAGUGAGAUGAAACACAGAGUUCAUCUUGAACAGGCACCAGGAGAUAGACUCAGACGACGCAGCACCUCCCACCCACUGCGCAUCCAUGUGGAAUAUGAAGAUGACGUUGAUGCCUUACCUGUCGCUACUUCAAUUUUGGUCAAGAAUGACCUCUUACCCAAAGCAGUCUAUUCCAUUUCUCGUAUGCUGAACGUCAAAUCAACGUCUACAGGCCCCAUCAGGUUAAACAGGGCAUGUGCCAAUUCGCAUUACUACACCUUGGCUAAUGACACGCACGAGUACUGUUCAGGGUCCUGCAACGAUGUGACACGGUGCGGGCCAGUGACCAUUCCCGAAAAACAUCUGCACGCGUGCUACACUUGUGAUAAUACGCAGAGCAACUGCAGAAAGAGCAGCGGCGAGACGGGGCCCGGUGUGGCUGACACAGAUUUCAUCCUGUAUGUGACGGCCGAGAACACAGUUGAUUGUCGGAUUGCAGACACCACGGCUCACGCGUCAUUCUGUCAGUUGGAGGCAAGCCAAGAUAGGCCCAUUGCUGGUUACAUCAACCUGUGUCCUCAAGCCUUGACCAGUGACCCUGUCCAACGCACCAUGCAACUCACUACAGUGCAGCAUGAAAUUAUUCACUCAUUGGGUUUCACUGCUGCUCUGUACGCUUUUUACCGUGACAGUGACGGAAAUCCUUUCACUCCCAGAGAUCCUUCUGGUUUGCCACCAUUCAAUGAAAGUCUCGGAUUAUACCAGUGGAGCAAUAGGGUAAUCAAGCCGAUUAAACGGAGGGACUGGGUUGUGCGUGGGGGGAGCAUCUCACACACAGUCAAUAUGAUGGUCACGCCCAAUGUUGCGAGGGAAGCCAGGAGUCACUUUGGCUGUUCGUUAUUGGAGGGGAUGGAAUUGGAAAACAAUGGAGGCUAUGGAACAAAAUUAACACAUUUUGAAAAGAGACUUUUGGAGAACGAAGCAAUGACUGGGACUCACACCCAUGAGCGAGUCUUUUCUCGACUCACUCUUGCCGUCUUGGAAGACACUGGCUGGUACCAGCCCAACUACGACAUGGCCGAUCCGUUAGAUUGGGGAAGAGGUCUUGGAUGUGACUUUGUGACAAAGAGCUGUAAAUAUUGGAUGGAUACCAAACGCGAUGCUGAGGAAAGUUUGUCCCCGUUCUGUGAUAAAAUUCGCGAGGAGCCUUUCACACUGACCUGCAGUGUUGGCAGGGCCUCUGUGGCUUUAUGUAACCUGCAUCGCUACGACGAACAUCUAGCUCCACAAUACCAGUAUUUUGAUUCAUUGCCUGGUGUCAGCAGUGAAGACGUAGGACAGUACGGAGGGACCUCAGAACUGGCAGAUUACUGCCCAUUUCAUCAGCAAUUCAAUUAUAAAGAGACUAAUGGUGCUAAGAAGUCAACAACGUGUGGGAUAUCAUCCAACACACCGAGUCGCAGUGAGAAUGUAGCGGCAGAGUAUUACGGUAUGCGAUCGGCGUGCGUGGAGCAUGCCGAUUCCUGGAGGCAAGCCCAGUGCGAUCAGUACCAGGAACAGCAAACAUGGGGAGCAGGCUGCUAUCAGUAUUCGUGCAGCAGAGAUGGACUGAAGAUCACUGUGGAGGGCGUGAACCACCUGUGCUCCUGGAAGGGCCAGCAGAUCCAGGUCAGCGUGACGUCCAGCGCCUACCUCCACACAGGCACCAUCAUCUGCCCGGCCUGCCAGGAGCUUUGCGGAGCUGCCUGCCCGCCGGAGGAGGUGCCCGGAGUCACAGUGGAGCUGACUGUUCGAGAGCCUGGUGAUGAGGGGGAAUGUCCCAGGCUAGCCUAUGACACUGUGGGGAUCUGCGUCAAUGAUUGUGACAACUGCAGAAGUGAUGAGAAAUGCUGCAGUAACGGCUGCGGACGUACGUGCCAGAAAGUUGUCGUCCAGAAAUCAACUUAUGAGCCAUGCCCAAGCCAGGCCCCAGAAACCAUCAGGUCAAAGGUCAUGCUACUCACUAGUCUAAUGUCAUUGUCUUUCACCUGUAUUUUGCCUCAAUUUUUUUGAUAUUCUAUUCUGCAAUGCCUUAAAGUUAACUUAAGAUCAUGUUGAUCAUAAUUAUUUGAUGUUCUUCAAACAAAAUUGCCUAAGUUUACAUAUCUAUUUUCUGUGGUUUUAUUUGGUCACACAUUCUUGCAAAAUUGAAUAACUUCAACUUUCCUCCUUCUGUCAGAGACAUAUUUGUAAAACCUUGAUUUAAUUUUCACUGAGACAUACAGUAUUACUACAAAUCUUUGCAAACAAUUAUGUAAAUUUUCUGUAACAUUGAAAUUUCAUUUCAGAAUUUCCGGUUUUCCUUUUUUGCAAUAACCAUCCACCGACUUUUUCUGUGCAUGAAACAUACCUUAUGCCUUUUUGGUCCACGGACCAAGUUUUCGUCUUUGAAAAAGAUCUUUUCUCCUUCUCUUGGUUAAAAUCUCUCGUGUUCUCAAUGAAUUUUGACUUCAACUCAGGGUCCGUCUUCACUUCAUAAACUGCCAUUGAAAAGCCUACUACAGGCUGUGUCCAAAGAACUUGGCUGCGGCUAGAAAUUGCGCAUGAGUCAGUGUGAAGAUUGCAGCCAGUUUGCAUAGUGUUGCGUGUAAUUUUAAGCCAUACCCAAGCAAUUCAGAUGUAACCACAGGUUAAUAUGAGUGCCUUGCACUGCAUGCUGGCAAGCGGCGUGUGCACAUUUUGAUAUAUUAGUCUGCAGGAGGUUAUCUCUGAAUAAGGGAAAAAAUUGAAAUCAUUUCUGUUCUGCUUCUGUUUUCAAACUCUGAACCAUAUGGUAGUUUUAAAGUUUAGAUCAAGGUCAUUCCCAGCAUGCAGUGCAGUGCGUUGUUGUUAUGAGCGGCUGCUCAUCUGAACAUCAACACAUGAGACUUUUUUAGCACAUGUAUAAAGAAAAUUAAGUCUCAUGCCUUUAAAAGAAGUCAUUACUUUUAUAUCUGAUGGCUGGUAAUAAAUAUUUGUAACAGAAAGUACAGUAACUUUCAUUAACACCCUGUAUGGCUACAAAACCCAAUAUGAUACAACAGGUGUCAAAUUUCUUGAAAUUUGAUGUAUUACCUUCAUUGCAUUUCUAUUGACAUAGUCACGAAUGCUUUAAAUACUGACACAUUCCACAGGCGGAGCCGUGUGUGUAGUCCCUCCACUCAAAGGGCAGAUAGUUUGUGAUUGACAGAUGAUACUUGGUGAAUCACUUUCUGAGAGGAUGACUUUAGUUCGUAAAAUACGUGAGGGUCUGAGCAAAGUUUUUUGCUGUCAAAAUGAAAAAUAUAAAAAUAUAUGAAAAAGGAACAAGUAAGUGAUUGUAAUUAGCCUGUCAAGAGUGAAUGAAGUUAAGUUUUGAAAGUUCUCAAUGAAAAACGUACACUACGUCUUUGGGAUUUUGUGAAUUAAGAACUGAUUGUAGAUCGAAGCUCAUUUCAUUGAAGUGUUCAUUUGUGUUGGGCACUAGCUUGAUUUGUAAUUAGAAGGUUUUGUAUUCAAAAAAUCCCACUGGAUCUUGCUACCGGUUUGUGCUAUCGAAUCUUGCUAUCUGAACUCAUUGCAUAUUUCAAUUCACGCAUAUACCGGUAUACAUGUAUACAUGAACUUCACUUUUUUCCUACUCAUACUGGUGUCGGAACUGUCAAGUAAAUAGUUUGCACUUAAUCUUGUAUUUUUUCUGCACUGAAACACAAUACUAGGACUUCAGUUCUUAUUCUACGCCUACUAAGCACGCAUUGUAAUAUUUAAUCAAUUUGUGCAAUUGGAUGUGAAUACUUAUUGUCAUUUGGAAAAACUGAUAUUUUGAAAGAUGCUACAUUAUUACUGCUUUCAAUGUUUUAGACCAAUACUUCCCACAGUCAUCAAAUAACAUGUUUAAUAAACAGAAGCUCCGUCUUGGACCCUCCAGCAUAAACAGUAUAAAGUUGUUUCCAAGACAACCAAAGUCUGUGGUUCGAAUUUUCUUGAAGAUUUCACCUACCAUCAAGCUUGAUAGUACAAAAUGAUUGUGAAUUUUUACUGUUCAAAAUUGACUGCUCAUUAAAAACUAGUUUUAAAGACAUUUCUCUGCUGGAACAAUAAGGUUGCACCAAGUUAACCCUUGUAAAGGUGAAUAUGAACACAUUUUGUAACUAAUAUGAACGACGCACAUACACAGACAUGUACAGUGUAUUUAAACAUUGAAACAAUGUGGCACGUUGCUCUAUUUUUGUAGUUCUUGUGUUUUGUAAACUUUGUAGAAAUCAUGAAUGUCGGAGAGAGUUUCGCUCAACACGUAAUCUCAAUUUGAGAAUGCCCAUUGGUGCCAAUAAAAACUGAACUAAUCCAUAACAACAUUAAUGGGCUGUUUAAGUCAACAUUUUGUUGUCCCCACAUGGAUUUGUGUUUCAAAUUUGCACGGACGUGAUGACUGCAUCAUCAGCUGAAUUGCAGGUCUUGUGAUAUUUUAAAGGUGCACUCUUUAAAGCCUAUACCUCUUAAAGUACAUGUCCCAUUGUGUGGAAGAUAAAUAGAAAGGAAAGUUUGUACUUAAUGUGAAGUUUUGUCCAUGGGGGAAAAAUCAUAAUUGUGGAUAAAAUUGGCCAGCUGACAAUCAAUACCGUUUAGUACUUUUUAAACUGUUGUUAAACCCACAACACAAGCCCUAAGUGUAUGUAAUACACAGUCACCUCCUGUAUUUUGAAAGCAAUUUUGGUAGAAGUCAGUGUAAUCGUGUUGUAUCACAUUUUUAUGAAAAAAUGUACAAAGAAAGCAUGGUUGUAUAUACUUUGAUCUUCUGUACACUUUGAAUACGCUGCAGUGUCAUUCUCCCAAGGGAAUGUUAUACGUGUAUUGAGCAAUGUAAAUCUUUGCUGUUUUGAGCGAUACGGUAAAACUGACCUUCCAAGGUAAAUCCAUUGAUUCCGUUGAUUAUACAUUCUCUGCCCUCCCCAGAGGAAGCUGAAGUAAAUUGGACUACUCAAUGAGUCACUGAGGGAGGUUAGUUUUGACCACUGCCUGACAUAGGAAAUAUUUGUUUGUAUAACAACACACUCACAGUUUUGGCAGUUAUGAAAAGAUACGCAUAUAUUAAAUGAAGAACCUCUGCCAAUGUAUUUCUAUUUCAGUGGGCAAUCAGAAAGGUACUUUUUUUUUUCAAACUGCCUCUUGAUGAAACUAGUUUCCCCCACUGCAAGUGAGCAACGGACAUAAGUUUGUGCUUUUAGAUGCAGAGCUCGUUUUGCUAUUGGGAAGGAAAUUACUGACAAUGGAAGCCAUUGCAUAGCAUGUUUGAUAGUAUCUUUUGGCUGGGCAAAAAUUGGUAGUGUCUUUGAGUCUAUCAUAAGUCCCUGCAAGUCCAUCACAAGUCAUUUAGUCUUAAGGUAAGUCACAAGCAAUUUGCGUAAACUGUGACAAAAGUAUUCCUUUGUCAAUGUUCACUUUGCUUCAACUGGUCUUGUGAAAAGACUUGUGACAGGACUUGUGAGAGACUUGACUUUCGCACUGGCAGAAAUUGUCGUGCGAAUGCCACAUGUACUCUCUUUCCAAUUGCAAGAAAGAAUCUGUGAGGUGUUAGGAUGCGGAUUUUUGUUUUUAUAAUAAUGGCAUUAAUUUAAUUGCAUGUACCUUGUCUGUGAUUCCCUGUUUUCCAAGACGCACAAACAAUUUAACCUGUCUGGGAACAUUUCAACUUGGGCCAAAAUGGUAUUUCAGAUAUUUUAAAGGGCAAAUAUGCAUUUAGCUUGUUACUUGAAUAUGGUGGUUACAGUUACUAACAUUUGGUGCUUUUUGUUGUAAAAUGGCCCAAUUUACGAAAGAAAAAGAUUGCCUUAAUUUUUUAUUCAUUGCUCUUCAGUGUUUGUCUCGCUCCAAUGUCUUGAGUUUGUUGAAUUUUGUUUUCAUAUAUCUAACCCCCACUGAAAGCACACACUAAUUCACAAUUUCAAUUAUGCUUAUUAUUUUAAACUGAAACCUGCAUUGCUAAUUCUGAUGUAAGGGAGGACCUCAUAGUUUGAUAAUAAAACUUCCAAGAAAGUAAA